AUGAGCAAUCAUAAUAUGAUCGAAGCAUUUCGUUUUAAAGAUUUAUCGGAAAAUAUUUCGGCUAUUAUUGAUGAUUAUGAUAAAACAAUUUAUGAAGAACAACAAAAAGAAGAUAUUGGCAAUGUUCCAUCGCCUAUUCUAAAGAAAAAAAUGAAAAAAUUAAAUGAACAAUUGACAUUUCUUCGAGCUGAAAAUCGUCUAUUAUACAAUUAUUUAAAAUGGUGGUGCAAGCAAAAAAUUGUUCAAAAUCAAUUGUCUGAUUUAUUUGAUCAAUCAGUACCACCAACAUCUGAUACUCAAAAAUAUAUUCCUCAUCAAAUUCUUAAACGUAGUAGUAGACAACCAUUGACAAAUGAAAAGAAACGUGAAAUAGCCGAAGUGAGUUUCAAAGUUUUAUUGGCUUAUAGUCAAAAAUAUAGUAUUAACUCAACUAGAUAUAUUGAAGAAUGUCAGGAUUUAUUAGAAACAAAUGAAGAGAAUAUAAUUUAUUUAGAAAUUGAACAAUUAGCAUUGGAAAAAUUUAUUCAAAAACUUCAUCAUGAUGCAAAAACUUUACAAAAGAAAAUAGCUGCUGAAGAAUUAAUUGAAUAUUUCAAAGAUCGAAUACGAUAUCAUGAAGCCAUGAAAGAACGAAAAAGUCAAAAAAGUGUUCGUCUUCGUUUUAAUAUUGAUGGUAUUGAAAAAUCAAUCAAAAAAGUUCAUCAACUUGUAGAUACGGUAACGGAAGUUGAUUUUGAUCAAUUACAUAUAGAAAUCCAAAAACAAUUACGUGAAUUAAAUGCAAAAAAUAAAACAUUAAUAUUUUGUAAACGUCAACAAUCGGAUGCAAACAUGAAUUUAAAUGCAAAAAAAAAAUUAAAAGCUUUGACAAAAAUUCGAGAUGAAAUAGCUAUUAGAAAUCAACAACUUACACAUUACAAUGAACUUAAAAAGAAAAUGGAAGAUGAAAUUCUGGAUUAUGAAAAAAUAAAUGAACCAUUACGUGAAAUGACUGUUAGUUAUCGUGUGCCAAGUAUAAAUGAUUAUGUUAAUUUGAAAUAUAAACAAUUGAAUUUACAUCGGCAAUUUGCAGUUUGGAAAAGAAAAGUUCAAAUUGCUGAGCGUGAAUUACGUUUACGUCGUACAGAAGCUAAUCGAUAUCCCGAAAGAAUUAUACAUCCGUGGAAAUCAUUAAAAAAUCCCGAUAUGCGUUUAUUAAAAAUUUAUGAAAAACUAGAUGAACAACGAACACCACUAUCAUCACCACAAAAAAUGAUGGUGCUUAAUCUUAAAGAUACACCAAUAAAAAGUAUUGCAAUAUAA